AUGCGCUCCAACACUCUUCUUGUUGCCCUUGCGGCCACCGCUUCGGCUUCUGCCGUUCCCCAGCCCCGGGCUGAGGCCCCCGCCGCUCUGAUCACUCCCGGCCCCAUCUUCAGGCCCGGAGAUUCGCCUGUCAACGAUGCCAUCCGUCACCAUGGUCAACAGCACGGGGUCAACAAGCGGGCCUACAUGGUUUCAAUGGAAAUUUCCGGUAAAGGCAGCGAUUUCACCAAGUGCGUUAACAGCAUUAACUCGGUCAUGAGCUCUAUCACGAGCGCCGCCCCGUAUCCCUCGGACGCCGAUCUCGCGUCCUGGCUCUUGAACAACGUUGAGGAGGAGCCCAUUACCACGAUCCCUAUCGACCAAGCCGAGAAAGCCUGCGAAACCUCGGACCGCACGACCGCCACUCCCCCUGCGUCCCUGGCCUCGGCCUACUCAUCCUACGAGAAGGAGGCUAUGUCAUGGCAGUCCAACGCGGCCAAGGGCGCCAGCAGCGCCGUCGGCAACUGCCCUACCAAGGUUCGCGAGUUUGUCGAGCUCACCUUUGUUACCGAUACUGCUGAGUGCAAGGCGCUUGUCAGCAAGCUCAACGGAAAGAGCGGUGCUGCUUCCAGCUCUGCCGUCGCCACAUCUACUGGCUCAUCCUCUGCCUUGGUCUUGACGCGUCUUCCUACGAUUACCUCUGGAUCAUGGAAGACGGAGCCUUCUUCCCCUGCAUCUUCUUCUUCCCCUGCAUCUUCUUCUUCAUCUUCUUCUGCCUCUCGCUCCUCGCCCACCAGCGAAUCGCUUGCCCCCUCAUCCUUCAACUUCUCUCCCGUCCUUGCGGCCGUCGCUGCAUUUGCCGGCCUCGUUGGUGUCUUUGCUCUCUAA